AGGUCUGGCUCUAACCUGAUGCUAUUAAUAUCACCUAAUGAACAUAAUCUGGAGGGUAGGUUAUCCUCUUACAUUUGUUGGCCGGACCACUGAGGGGAGGAGUGCAGAGCGAGUGAAAGAGGAGGGAAAAGCUGUGCUGUAGUUUCACACUGAGUGCGCUCUCUCUACAAGCUGCAGUGCCUUUUCUCUCCCUCUAUUGCUCCACUGAAUGGACGAAACAGAAAGCUAAAAAGAUGCUUAAAGUUUCGUUUCUCAUCUAAGCUGAUACCCCUCGAUAUUUCCCAACCUCUCUCUCUCUCUCUCUCUCUCUCUUUGGAUGUCUUGUACUAGAGGGCAGUGCUGUUAAGUGCUUUGUUGUGCUUGAGUGUAUAUAUAUAUAUAUACCGAGUAUACCUGUUGACAUUAAUAUAGGUUUAAACACAACUAGGGGAGUACACACAGCGGAAACCACCCUUGUAUUCUUCUCCAGUUAUGAACUCGCUACCGGCUUACUCAGGAGCUAGAAUAUCUGGCUGUUGGACUCUAAGAUCUGAUGGCAGUGGAGGUGGUGAGGGAUCACUGGACCGGCUUCUCCCCGCAGUAAGCACAGGCCUUUCACCCAGAAAAAGGACCACCAGCCAGUGCAAGUCUGAGCCUCCUCUCCUACGCACCUCCAAACGAACCAUCUACACUGCUGGCCGCCCACCCUGGUACAACGAACAUGGAACACAGUCCAAAGAGGCCUUCGUCAUUGGUCUGUGUGGCGGCAGUGCUUCAGGAAAGACAACUGUGGCCAGGAAAAUAAUUGAAGCUCUAGAUGUUCCAUGGGUUGUACUACUUUCUAUGGACUCUUUUUACAAGGUCCUGUCCUCAGAAGAACAAACUCUGGCAGCCAGUAAUGACUAUAACUUUGACCACCCCGAUGCCUUCGACUUUGAUUUGCUGACACACACCCUGCGCAAGCUCAAACAGGGCAAGAGCGUAAAAAUCCCUGUGUAUGACUUUACGACUCACGGGAGACAGAAGGAGUGGAAAACCGUAUAUGGAGCCAGUGUUAUCAUCUUUGAGGGAAUCAUGGCCUUCACAGAUAAAAAGCUCUUGCAGUUGCUGGACAUGAAGAUUUUUGUGGACACGGACUCUGACAUCCGGCUAGUGCGUCGGCUGCGGAGGGAUAUUACAGAGAGGGGCAGAGACAUUGAAGGUGUCAUCAAACAGUACAACAAGUUUGUCAAGCCAGCGUUUGAGCAGUACAUUGAACCCACCAUGCGCCUGGCAGAUAUUGUGGUGCCUCGUGGUGGUGGCAACAUGGUGGCCAUCGAUUUGAUCGUGCAGCAUGUCCACAGUCAGUUGGAGGAGAGGAAACUUCGCUGGGAUAUGGCGGCCCUGGCUUCUGCACACCAGGCACAACCCCUCCCCCAGACCCUCAGCGUUCUGGAGAGCACACCCCAGGUCAGGGGCAUGCACACCAUCAUCAGAAACAAGGAAACCAGCCGCGAUGAGUUCAUCUUCUACUCCAAGAGGUUGAUGCGUCUGUUGAUCGAGCGGGCGCUCUCCUUCCUCCCCUCGCAGGUCCACACAGUCCAGACCCCCCAGGGAGAGGAUUAUGAAGGCAGAACUUUCCACGGGAAGAGGAUCACAGGCGUGUCUAUCCUUCGAGCCGGGGAGACCAUGGAGCCGGCUCUGAGGGCCGUCUGCAAAGACGUCCGCAUCGGAAAGAUCCUCAUCCAGACCAACCAGGACACAGGAGAACCAGAGCUUCAUUACCUGCGUCUACCAAAAGACAUCAGUGAAGAUCACGUGAUUCUGAUGGACUGUACUGUGUCGACCGGAGCUGCCGCCAUGAUGGCUGUUCGAGUCCUGCUGGACCACGAUGUUCAGGAGGACAAGAUCCUGCUGGUAUCUCUGCUCAUGGCGGAAAUGGGAGUCCACUCAGUGGCCUACGCGUUCCCACAAGUCAAGAUCAUCACCACAGCUGUCGACAAGAAGGUCAAUGAUCUCUUCCACAUCAUACCUGGCAUAGGAAACUUCGGGGAUCGAUACUUUGGAACAGAUGCACCCCCCGACUGGAGCGAUGAAGAGAUGGAUGAGCCCAGUUACUGAUGAAGUUGUUGAUUUGUGGAUUAUAUAAUUCUAUUAAUUUUUCUUUUUAAAUGGAGAGCACUGAUCAGUUGGGCUGUGCCCCUCGGAGGACAAUAGGAGGACAUGCUUUACCUCUGUUGGGGUGUAACGUGCAUCCUUCAAGGGCCGAACAAGGCGCCCUAAAAAAUAAACUGAAAGAAGGGCAAGACAUUACAAAUGUACAGUCACCUUGUUGAAACCUUAAAUUAUUAUUUUGUCUGUAAAUGCUGUUGUGGAAAGUUGUAUUAUAAAGUCUGAAAUAUUUUUAUAUAUACAGUAUGUUGCUACUGUAAGUCCAAAUGUUUUAUUUUAUUGUUUAAAUAGUGUAAAUCUCUAUUGAAAGUUGCAGGCAUGUUGCUUUAAAGAGAUAUAUCUAGCCUUAAAGCCGUGAGCUGUGGACGACACAACUGAAUGUGAAUUUGCACAUGCGGUAAAAGAAGGCAAAAAAAAAAAAACAUUUUAAGGUUAUUUUUGACCACAUACCUUCCUCACAACUUUCACAAAAGUUAAAUCAGAACAUGAACUCGUGUUGCUCAACUUCUAUCGCCAUGAGCACUUUCUGAAGGACCAUUCAAUCGGAAAAUGUGUAGGUGUAUCUGUCUUUUUUUUUUUUUUUUUUUAGCUCUCUGGUUCAACCUUCUCCUUCUCUGCGGAUGCUGACCUAACCAGUUGAAACGGCGUUGAAAACCGUUUCAUUAUACAGCUAAAAGUAUGCACUUAUUGUGUAUAUUUAUGCAGCAUGUCCUUCAUUUACAUAUUUGGAUAUGGAUAGACCUGACCAGUCAGCAGGCAAGUCAUAUAUCUUUUUGCUGCUGUGAAAAUGGGUCAUCUACAUUUAACAAACACAGAUUAAGUGUUUAUUUCAGUCUCACACGUUCUGAUUUAUGCUUCUGUUUUUCAUGCAGAAGAUGGAAUUGUUUUGUUUUUUUGUUCUUUAAAAAAAAGGGCUGUGGAGUUCACAAAGUCAUGCCAGUGCCUGAUCUUUUUACUCAGUGCUGAAGUGAAUGAGAUCUGUCUGGAGUUGGUGCCUAUUUAAUAUUGCCUUGUUGUUUGAAGAAAAAUGUUGACGGUUUGCCAGAUGUUUGGGUCGCACUCCAUAAUAUUCAUCCAUAUGGUUGUUUGAAUGGAUGCAAUGAGACAUCAGAAGGAGCGCUGCAUGCAGAGUUAAUUCUGAUAUCAUUAUGUUCUCUGUUGAGUUACGUUCAUAUGAUGUUCUCCUCUGCAAGUUCACAUUAUCAUUAUACAGAUUUCAGUGGAUAAUAAGUACAAAUGCUUUUAUUUUGGCUUACAUUUCCACAACAUUAAGGGAAUAAAAUGCAUGAAAUGAGAUGUGUUGAAAAUGUAAACGUGCAAACCAGUCGCACUCGCUACAAGUACUGUUACUACUGUUGGCUCACCAUUACUUUCCCAUUCAGUCACCUGCAACUGUACAGUGUGUGUUACCACUGAAUACAACUGUUGGUGAGUCAUUCUGUUCUGAAAAUCCAUCGAUUGUCUUCGCAGCCUCAGUGUUUGACUCUUUACUUCUGCUGCAUGUUUUUAUAUAAUUUAAUAAAAGUGCAAUAGAGCUUU